AUGGGUUUGUACAUCAUGAACAAUUUUGUGGUUUGUCCAAAUAAUAUGAAGCUUAAGACCAAAGACCACAAGUUGAAGUUGAUGUUCACGCAUAAGACCACUGUUGACGAAAUGCAUGAUCCACAAUUCAACAUGUGUAUUUUCAAAUUUAGAAAGUAUGAGCAGUUGUCAAAUCCUCAAGAAUUUGACAAUACUGAGUUAUUUGAUGUCAUUGGCGAAGUUGUGAGUUAUGAGGACGUACAGUCUAUCAAGCAAGAUGAUAACAUCCGUAUGUACAUGAACAUUCAGAUACAAGAUUAUGAGAGUAACAACAUUUCUGCAACUCUUUGGGGAGACUUUGUGGAACAGAUUAGGCCAUAUUUGAAUGGAUCCAAUGAUAAGCCUGUUGUCGUCAUCAUGCAAUUGAUUAGAGCACAUCGAUAUCGAGAACAAUAUUCGAUGAGGAACACUUGGCAUGCGUUGAAGCUUUUGAUCAAUUCAAAUCUUCCUCAGGUUGUUGACUUUUGCUCCAGAAUGGUUUCUGUGCGUGGAGAAAGCUCACAAAGAAUUACUCAAAUUUCAUCUCACAAAACUCACUCUGUUGCUAAUGAGCUAGCAUCUGGAAGUAUUGAAGUUAAAAAUAUUGAGGAUUUGGGUGACUGUAACCAUCUACAAGUUAAAGUGACGGAUUGCACCGGUACAAUUUCUGUGCUGUUAUGGGAUAAGGAUGCAACUAAGAUUAUCGGAAAGUCAGCAAAUGAUUUAAAGGAUGCUGUAUUUGAGACUUCUGGUGCUGCAGAUGACUCUUCAUGUCUAAUGGAGAUAAAAAAUAUUGUUGAAAAAAGGGUCAUGUUUAAAGUUGAGGUUAACAGUUCCAACAAUCAGAAUAAAGAUGUAGUCUUUAGAGUUGUUACACUUACUGACGACGAGGAAAUUAUAAAGAAAUAUAUUCCUUCUCCACAAGAAGAGACGUUCAAAGAUCCAGAUUUCAAUACCAACGAAGUCAUUCAGGAAGAUAACGAAAUCACGGAUUCCACUGAAGAUAAUGAGUUGAUCGAUGUUGCACAUACACUUGCCAAGAUAGGUUUAACUAAUUCUAUAGCAAUGGUUGAAGAAGAUUCGAAUGCACAGUUAUUGGAAAAUAAGAUCAAGAGAGUAUUUAAAAAGAAGAAGAUAGCAUAA